GCAACCUCUAACAUGCACAGAUAAGUAAGAGACAUUAAGACUUAGCACUUAGAUUCACCUGUGUAUCCAACCAUUGCACUUCACCUCAUUGCACUUCUUUUUUGUCAGCAUGGACGCAUCACCAACAUGCAGGAUUGUCCUCCUCGGGAAAACCGGAGCUGGAAAAAGCAGCCUUGGAAACACUUUACUUGGAGGAAACAUGUUCCAGAUGAGCCAUUCGCCUCUCUCAGAGACGAGCAUCUGCCAAGCAGAGUCAAAACUCAUUAACAGAAGACUCAUAACCCUGAUUGACACGCCAGGCUUCUUUGACACGAGCAGAUCAGAAGAGGACGUGACGUCCAACAUACUUCAGUGCAUUGUAGAGUGCGCUCCUGGGCCUCAUGCCUUUAUCCUCGUGCUUAAAGUGGAGAAAUUCACAGAUCAUGAAAAGGCCGUCAUCCAAAACAUAUUCCAGUAUUUCUCUGAGGAGGUUUUAAAAUAUGCCACAAUUCUCUUCACUCACGGUGACCAGUUGCCAGAGAGAAUGAAGAUUGAAGAGUUUGUCAGUCAGAGUGAAUGUCUGGUUGAACUUGUUCAGAAGUGUGGGGGCCGUUGCCACGUGAUAGAUAACAAAUACUGGAAAAAUAAGCCAAAGAAUGAAUACAGGAGCAACAAGUUCCAGGUGGAAAAGCUGCUCAAAACCAUUGACAACAUAGUGACGACAAACAAAGGGGGUUAUUACACUAAUGAGUUACUACAAGCAGUGGAGGCAGAAAUACAGAAUGAGGAAGAGCGCAUCAGACAAGCAUCAGGAACUGUGUCUCCAGAAGCCAGAAAGAAAGCUAAAACCGUCGUCCUUAAACAUUGUGUGGCCAAAUUUGCACGCAUUGCAGGUAAAGGGCUGCUGAUUGCAGCUAUGCUUGGUGGAUCUGAGAUUGCUGGACCUGUACUUCUUGCUGUGAAAGGAGUCAGUGCAAUCAAACAGGCAGUAGGAAAGAGGAGAAGAGAAACUGUGGGGACAGCAACUGGAAAAGCAAUAACACAUGCAGCAUCCACACCAAAGGAAGGAGCACCGACAAAAGAAGCAGCAGCAGAAAAAAGAGCAACAAGGGCGAGAACAGCAGCUGAUGUCUUCUCAAAACUGGCAAAUUUUUUUAGGACAACAAAUGCAGACACGAAAGAAGAGGAUGUGAGCCCAUCAAUAACAGAUGAAGCAGCUACAUUGGAAGAAGAAGAAGAAGAAGAAGAAGAAGAUGAAACAGAGGAACUACUUGAAGGGGAAUCAACAGAAGAAACUGAAACUACUGAUGCUUUAUCAACUACAGAAACAGAAGUGGCAGCAGGAGACGAGGAAGGAGAAACAUCAGAAGAAGCAGCAGAAGGAGAAGCAGUUGAUGGAGCAGUACCAGCAGAAGGAGAAGGAACAGCUGCGUUGACAACAGCAGUUGAAGAAGAAAUAGACGGGGCGCUGCUGUUAGCAGCAGAGGAGGCAGCCGCUGAAGCAGCAGGAGGAGCUGAUUCAAUAGCAGCAGCAGUCGAGGGCGUGGCAGAAAUGUCAGUUGAAGGAGUGGAAAUGGAAGCAGUAGAAGGAGCAGCUGAAGUCGUUGCAGAGGCAAUGGAGGGAGCAGCACAAGUGAUGGAUGUAGUUGCUAAAGUAGCUGAAAGUUGUUGCAUACAAUGAAUUAAACUAUAAUUACAAAAUUUCUGCUGAAGUGAGUGAUUCAUAAAAGUAACUUAAU